AUGAUGCUCGCAAGCCAAGACCUGAAAUGCGAGCCAAUCGGACAACCGGGUGAUGUUGAGGCAUCCAGCACCUCCCCUCCCAACAUCAAACCCGAACCCCAGGUGACCACCCCCAUCAACCUGUCCAUCAACAACCCAAUAAAUGAUUUCACGUCAAUGUUUGGGGCCCAACUACGACAGCUUGCCAUCUUUCAACAAAUGCAAAACCAGGGAGAACAGCACUCGGCUCCCGCUCCGCCGCUGUUCAAUAACCCGGAGGCAAUGCUGAACUAUUUUCAGGCGCAAAUGGCCAAAAUGCAGCCACCGCCGAUGAAUAACCAGCCGACCCGAGUCGUCAUCGCCCCACAGCAGUCACAGAAUGGCGAGCGGAAACGCUCAUACCCGAUGACGUUCCAGUGGUGCGAAUUAUGCCAAAAAGAAGUCCAUUCCUCUAAAUUGCCGUGUCAUAUCAGGCAGUGCCACGUUGCAAAGCCAAUGUUCCAGUGCCCGCAAUGCGAUUUUACAUCCACCUAUUCGAAAAAUAAUGUCAAGAGUCAUAUGGUGUCACUUCACGGGCUUGCCGGUGAUCCAAUAAGUUAUAUGGAUCAAUACGCCGGGCAGGUCGAGGAAUUCAUGAAGCGCUGCUUCCCUCAUGUGCGCGGACGCGGACGGCCAAUUCAAGGGCGAACGUCUCCAACGUCCCCGGGAUCUUCUGGCAAUGUUUCGAGGCGGAAUAGUCAGGCCACCCCACCUAAUCGUAGACCAAAUCCGACGUUCCCGACUUUUGAUUUUAGCCAGGCCCAAUCCCAACUCGCCGCCGUCUUAGCAGCUCGACGUUGUGGAGAUCAGCCUCCUAUUUACGGAUUGCCACCACUCAACCCGUUCCUCCCCGUCUUUCCGCCUGGUUUCCCACUUCCCCUCGGCAUCUUGAACAACAACAAUAUUGCGCAUAAUAUGAGGAAACCGACGAUGAAUGACGGUCCGAUGAUGACUGACCCUACCGAAAAUGCCGUGACUUUGGCAUCAACACUCGGGGAGUUGUUGAAUAAAACGAAUUCAACAGCAACAGCGCGAUCUCCUUCCCCAUUAUCGCCAGGUUCUAACGGCUCCUUUACACGCCCGGGUGAAAAUUUACAGCCAAAAUACACGCCGAUCCGUAUCGAUUGCGUCGUGCUAAAUGACGACCAAAUUCGACCGACCAUUUUCAACACCCUUCCCCCAUUCUCUGAGCUUCUGGAGAAAAUUGAAUGGAAAGACUCAUUAUCUGACGCCGGAAAAACACGCCCAGUCUCUCCCACCCAUUGCUUGGCCAUCAGAAAUAUGCGCGAGGACCUGGGCCAUCAUUUGAUUGAUAUUUUCCUUGCCAUCACUGGCAAUUUCCGGAAUCUGCAAAUCGAAAAACUGUCCCAUAAAUCGGUUCAGCGACUGAUUGAGGUCGCCCCUUCACCGGUAGAUGCACUGACUUUCCGCACUUUCGAAAGCACAUACCCUAAUGAGAAUCUAAGCGAUGAUGAGCAGUUUAUUGUCCAAAUGUCUCGAAUUGAGCGGCUAGAGGAAAAGCUGCAUUUAUUGUCUUGGAUGACCGAAUUGAGAGAAGAGGCACCAAGAUUGAUGAAGGAGCUGGAAGUCCUUCAUGAAGCCCGACAAGCCAUAGCUUCGGAGCAUUGGCGCGAUAUGAUGCAAAUUGUGUUGGUCCUUUUCAACAUGUCGCUUGGCGAUCGCUCAAUGGCCAGCAUCAAAGGGGAUCGAUGCCACGCAGCUCGACAAGCUUUU